UGUCUCCUUUCCCUAGCUGCUCUUCAUUUGCCUUGGCUUCCCAUCUCGGCUGAACGGCCCUUAGGUACUCAAGUCAGAAACUCGUGUACAGAAUUUCUCAUCGUUUCACACUGAGCUAAUUCCUGAGCUCAACCGUCUGUACUUCCCAAACGUCUCUCAGAUUUGUUCACCUUCUUGAGUCAACUGGCCACUCUCAUCGGUCACUUAGAUGAUCAGGAUUUUCCAUUAUAUGACAGAUCAGAUUAUCAUUCACAGAUGAAGAAAUUUUUCUUUUUUCUUUUUGUAAUUUGGGCUACAAAACUGAAGUUUCCAAAUAUAUGAUACAUAGAAUAUUACUUUGCCUCAAAAAAGAAUGAAGUCAAGUAACAGAUGAAAUUGGAAGACACUAUCCUAAAAAUAACAAACCAGAGCCCAUACAAUAAUUAUUGCAAGAUUCCAACAAGGUGCUCCAUCUAAGAUAUUUAACUUCUUGGAGACAGAGAGUAAAACAGCAGUUACCAGAGAUGGUAAGGAGGUUGAAGGAGAGCUUCCUUGCUGCUGAAUCCUUGCUGUGCCAAAGCCCUGGAAGUCAUUUCUGGGUGAGGACCAUGUCCCUGUUCUCAUCUUCCCUUCUCCUGUGUCUGGUAACAGCAUCUUAUGCAGAGACUGUAACUGAAGCUUCCCCAAGCACCUGCCCUGUGAUUGCCUGUAGUUCUCCAGGCCUGAAUGGCUUACCAGGCAGAGAUGGACAUGACGGUGCCAAGGGAGAAAAGGGAGAACCAGGUCAAGGGAUUAGAGGCUUGCAAGGCCCUCCUGGAAAGGUAGGGCCUGCAGGACCCCCAGGGCUUCCAGGGUCAAAAGGAGCUGUGGGGCAGAAAGGAGACUGUGGAGAGAAAGUAGAAUAUGAUUCUAGCCAAAUUGAUUCAGAAAUCGAAGCCCUGAAAUCAGAGGUGGGACGCUUACGAAACUGGCUGACCUUCGCUCUGGCUGAACAUGUUGGGAAGAAGUACUUCAUUAGCAGUCGUAAAAAGAUGAGCUUUGACAGAGCGAAGGCUUUGUGCUCCCAAUUCCAGGGCUCUAUGGCCACCCCUAGGAACGAAAAGGAAAACAAGGCCAUCCUGAACGUGGCCAGAGAUGACGCCUUCUUGGGCAUAACAGAUAUGGAGUGGGAAGACAAUUUUGUGGAUCUGACGGGAAACAAGGUGGACUACACUAAUUGGAAUGGCGGUGAGCCCAACAAUGUAGGCGGCGCUGAAGACUGCGUGGUGCUUCUGUCGAGUGGCAAGUGGAAUGACAUCCCUUGCAGCGACUCCUUCUUGGUAGUCUGUGAAUUCUCUGGCUGAGGGUGUUUGUUUGGCAGCCCUCCUCGAUGCUGUGUGUGCUGCUCUCCAUAAGUCCACAAUUUGUUCUCAAGUAUAAGAUAUGUGGAAACACAAACAAUUAAACGUUAGCUAUGCAGUUAAACUACAACACUUUUUGGAAUAGUAGUUUCUUGUGAAGGUGUAGAAAUAAAAAUGAGUUUAUCUUUCA